UAACUAUUUGUCCAGGAUCGCGCCCUUCCACUUGCUGUGAAGACGGGGAACGAGAAAGCUGAACUUCAGCUCUGUAAUAAACUCUCCGGCUUAUUGAUGAGCAUUAAAGAAUAUGAAGAAGCACUGGACUAUGCCAAAACAGCGUUAGCACUGAGUGUGAACUUAGGUAAUCAGCUGAAUGAGCGGGUCACUUAUCACAGACUAGCUGGAAUCUAUAGUCACCUGAAUCAAUGUGAACUGGCAGAACAUUUUUACCUGAAGGCCCUGUCCCUCUGCUCUUCACCUCUGGAGCUGGAGGAAGAGGCCAUCUACUACAUGAAGGUCUACCUCAUCCUGGGAGACAUCAUAUUCUACGAUCUUAAGGAUCCAUACGAUGCAGCAGGAUAUUAUCAUCUUGCCCUG